AUGUUCAAUUUACAUCAUUUCAAUCCCGCUCAUUCCCUAACAGGCCGAGAGUUCAUGGAACUUGAUCCUGAACUUUACGGGUUACGGAGGUCUCGUCGUAUUAACACAGAGCGUCCCGUGAACUACAGAGAUCCUACCUCUUCAGAAGAGGAUUCGGACGCUGACGAACAUGACUCUUCUAAUCCACGAAAAAGAAAGAAGGAUAGUGUUAAUAGUAAGAAGGCAGCUCCCACGAAGAAGACUAGAUUGAAAAGAUCACAGGACGGUGGGCAUUGGUCAACAUCCGGUACGAAUGACGAGAGCGGUUUUGCCUCAUCCCCUCAGGCAAGCAAGCCAGGUACUACAUCCGCCUCAGCGUCCGUCUCAGAUGAUUAUGAUUGGUCAUUCUCGAACAAAGCAUCAUCCUCCAGGCAAAAAAAGAAUACUUUCAUAUCUGCAGAUGACUUCGUCAUGGAGAAUCGAUAUUCGAGGCGUACUCGUACCAUCACGAACUAUAAUGAGGAUGAACUUGAUAGACAGCUUGGGCUGGAGGUUGACGAUGAUGAAAUACCGAUGAAUGAAUACUAUCAACCGGAAGAAGAAGAGAGUGUGAUAGAGAGCAUUCAUGAUAUACAGAGGAUAGAAGGAAUUGAUCCAAAUGAACCUCAAGAUCCAAAAACCAGCAUGGAAUUUCUGAUCAAAUGGAAAGGCUGGAGUCACCUUCAUGAUACUUGGGAGACGUACGAGAAUCUUCGUGGAUUAAAGGGCUUCAAGAAGUUGGAGAAUUAUAUCAAGAACUAUUUACAUGAAAUGGAGAUACAGUACGAGAAUCCCGAAGACAAAGAAACAGUUGACGUAAACAAGGAGAUGAAUCGUGACAUAUUAAAAGACUAUAGAACAGUCGAGCGUGUUAUCGCAGAAAGGACAUCUCCAACUGAAGAGAAUCCAUACCCCACCACUGAAUACCUUUGCAAGUUUAAGCGUCUUCCUUACCAAGAUUGCACUUGGGAGCCCGCUGAAACCAUUCAAAAUGAUUUUCAAGUCGAAAUUGAUUCUUUCAUUAACCGCAAUCGCAACUCCUGUGUUCCACACAAGAGUAAAGUGUACCCUAAAAGCAGACCUGCGUUUAAGCCGCUUACUCAGCAACCAAGUUACCUUGUUGGCGGUGAACUACGCGACUUCCAACUCACCGGUUUAAAUUGGCUUGCCCACUUGUGGUCACGUAAUGAAAACGGUAUUCUGGCUGAUGAGAUGGGACUUGGUAAAACGGUUCAAACGAUUUCAUUUCUUUCAUACCUUUAUCACUCUAUCGAACAAUAUGGUCCUUAUCUUAUCGUUGUACCAUUGUCCACCAUCGGGUCCUGGCAAAAUGAAUUUCAAAUUUGGGCACCAGAGCUGAAUGUUAUCAUUUACACCGGUACCUCUCAAAGUCGAGAGGUAAUACGGGAUAAUGAAUUUUAUAUUCCUUCGUCUUCCGGCAGCAGGAAACUUAAGUUUAAUGUUUUGGUGACCACCUAUGAGUACAUACUGAAAGAUCGACAGGAACUAGGCUCGAUUAAAUGGCAAUUCCUUGCCGUUGAUGAGGCACAUCGUCUGAAGAACAGUGAAUCACAGCUCCACGAGGUGCUUUCAACAUUUAACACCGCCAAUCGACUUUUGAUUACGGGUACCCCUUUACAAAAUUCUGUCAAGGAAUUAUGUGCACUGGUGAACUUCCUAAUGCCUGAUUUCGAGAUAGCCGGAGAUAUCGAUAUCGAUGCUCCUGAUGAAGAUCAGGAGGCAAAGAUACGUGAACUUCACAAGAGCCUAGAACCAUAUAUGCUUCGUCGCCUCAAAAAGGAUGUGGAAAAGUCUCUACCGCAGAAAACGGAAAUGAUAUUAAGGGUUGGCUUGUCUCCUUUACAGGUGCAUUACUAUAAGAACAUACUCACGAAGAAUUUCGACGUUCUUAAUGAAGGAGUUGCUGGAUCCUCUCAGAUGAGUCUCCUGAAUAUAGCUGUCGAAUUAAAGAAAGCAAGUAAUCAUCCGUUUUUAUUUCCGAAUGCCGAAAUUGUCGCCUCUAAGAAAGAAGAGCAACUUCGUGGAAUAAUAGCUAGUAGUGGAAAAAUGGUGUUGUUGGACAAAUUGUUGACUCGACUAAGAGAAUCAAAUCAUCGUGUCUUAAUUUUUUCUCAGAUGGUUCGAUUGCUGGAUAUUUUAACCGACUACCUUAAGCUGCGCGGAUAUCAGCACCAACGUUUGGACGGCGGUGUUCCUUCUGAGGCACGCAAGAAGGCCAUCGAACAUUUUAACGCACCGAACUCUUCUGAUUUUGUGUUUUUGUUGUCAACCCGUGCCGGGGGUUUGGGUAUUAAUUUGAAUACAGCCGAUACAGUUAUCAUAUUUGAUUCUGAUUGGAAUCCACAAAAUGAUCUCCAAGCUAUGGCACGUGCUCAUCGUAUCGGUCAGAAAAAUCAUGUGAAUGUAUAUCGAUUUGUGUCCAAGGAUACUAUUGAAGAGAGCAUCCUUGAGAGAGCAAAACGAAAGAUGGUACUUGAGUAUUGUAUUAUCAAGCAGAUGGAUACAUCAGGUAAAAGUAUCCUUCAAAAGAAUCCGAAGGCUAAAUCAUCGGAAAAUUUCAGUCGAGAAGAGUUGACCGCGAUUCUCAAAUUCGGAGCCCAAAAUAUGUUUAAAGAAUCAGAAAAUUCAAAGAAGUUGGAUGAUCUUGACUUGGAUGACAUUCUUGCUCGAGCUGAAACUCACGAUACGGCCGGUGUUCAGUCGAGUAGCAGUUUAGGAGGUGAAGAAUUUCUUAAACAAUUUAAAGUGGCAGAUUUUGAUGGGGCCGAUAUUAGCUGGAGUGAUAUAAUACCACAAGAAGAGAGGGACAAGCUCGCCAUGGAAAGUGCGGAAACCGAACUCGACUAUGAAAGUAAGUUUGGCUUGAAGAGGAGUGCUGUUUCUCAAGAUGAUCGUAUCGACAUGGCGGAUCCCAUGUCUUCGGAUAACGAUCCUCCGAUAAAAAAGAAGCCCAAGGCGAUUCGCAAGAAAAAGAGAUCUCAAGUGAUUCGCAAAAAGUACGUGGAUUCGGAUGAAGAUGAGAGUCCAAAGAAAUCUAAAGCGAGUCAUAAGAACAAGGUGCACGAUGAAGGUCGUUCUAAGAGGAGAUCUAAUGGUGAUCGCCAGAGGUACGGGGAUUCCGAUGAAGACGGACAAUCAAUUAAGAAGUCAAACAGUAGUAGAAAAAAAUAUAUUGAAUCAGAUGAUGACGGCGAUCGUCCGAGAAAGAAAGCAAAUGGAAGCCGAAAGAGGUAUUCUGACUCGGGGGACGAAGUUGGAAAGAAGAUUACCCCGAGGAAGCAAAAAAUUUCAGAGGUGAACUCCAAAUCCUCGCGUGAUCUGACCAUCAAAGAACUGAGAGCUUUAUACAGAAGUGUGUUGAAGUUUGGUGAUAUCCAUCAGCGUUAUGAAGAUAUUGUUAAUGAUUCAGAUUUGUACGGCAAGAACGAAGAGCAACUUCUAGAGGCUUACGAUGCUCUUUAUAUAACUUGCGAAAAAGCAGUUCGAGAUUAUGAGAUGGGCAAUGAAGCCAUUCAUUCUGAUCAGCAAUCUCGUUCCGUUCCAAAUCCACGUGGUAAAGCAAUUCAAGUUACAUACAAUGGAUGCGACAAGUUAAACGCGGGCAUGCUUGUUCAACGUGUUUCCGAACUAGGCGUUUUGAACAAGAAAAUGAAAUUCUCUGAGCCCGAGAAGUUCAGAAUAAAAGCAACAACGAAACCCGCAAAUAACUGGCCGGUAGCUUGGAGUCGUAAAGAUGAUCAAAUGCUCUUGGUUGGAAUAUACAAACACGGUUUUGGUAGCUGGAAAGCGAUCGAGGAGGAUCCUUGUCUCGGUCUUUCGGGAAAACUUGUCGACGAGGAAGGUGACUCCCGAUCGGCCUCUGCCCAAGUAGCCAAAGUCAACCGACGAGCCGACUACCUCCUAAAGUUGCUACACGAAUUACAUGUAGAUGACGAGGAGGAGAAGAGACCACGAAACAGAAUUCGCCGCGAGGAUGAUCAAGAUGUCACACCUUCAAAAGGAAAGAGAUCGAGGUUAAUUACGAGUGCGGAGGACGUUCAGGAGCCCACCGAUCGGGAGUGCAAAGAGCUUCUGCGCCCAGUCAAGGAGAAACUUCAAUGGCUCAAGAAGGAAUCAGGAAAAUAUAAAGGGAAGGAGAAGGCCAUGCUCAUUAAAGAGUCACUGAAGGUCAUUGGUGCAAAGAUCGGACAAAUUCUCUCUACAAAAUCUGCUGAAGAAUAUGCUCAAUGGCAAAACAGCUUGUGGCAGUUCGUGACGUACUUUUGGCCAAAGGAUGACGUAGACCCUGAAAGGCUAAUAGAACUGUACCACAAGUUGGAAGCUGCCGAUUCUUCGAGGCAGACUUGA